CUUUGUAAAACUAUUAGAAUAUCUUUUAAAAGUAAUGAAUCUACUAAAUAUUUUUUCCUAGAUAUACAUACAUAAUUUUUGUCUAAAUCACCAUUUUUAUUACAUUGUUUCCAAAUUCAAAUCUUUUAGUCUUCUAAAGCCAUUAUUAGCCCCACACCCGAAGAGCGCAAGAAUAAAAGACGAGUUUUCCCCAAUAUUCGAAGCUUACGAUUGAAAAUCACAAGCUUGAAUAAAGAAGCUUGACUUUAAAGCAUUUUGAUUUCGAAUCUGAUCUCUGUUUUUGAGAGAGAGAGAGAGUGAAAAUGGGCUCUAAAGGCAGCGUUAGAAAGAUGAUUCAGAGUUUGAAAGAGAUCGUGAACUGUUCCGACUCAGAGAUCUACACCAUGCUUGUGGAGUGCCAUAUGGAUCCUAACGAAACCGUUAUUCGUCUCAUUUCUCAAGAUGCUUUUCAAGAGGUGAAGAGCAAGCGAGACAAGAAGAAAAGGGACACAAAAGAUCAAGCAGAGUCAUCGAGACGUGGAAUCCCAAAUCGUGGAGCUAGAAACAGCGCUAAGUACAGUUACAACACUGCUCGAGGUGGCGGCAACAAAUUUAACUCCGAUGAGACAAGAUUUGCUCAAAGAGGGAAGGGAGCACGUAACCAUUGGGCUGACUCUUCUUCAGCACCAAACAGUGAUCCUAAAAACGCUGAAGUUAAGGAAGCAGCACCAACGGGUCCAACUGGUGCAGCUUCUUCCUCUUUGCUGCCAGCACCAGCGUAUCAAUCCGCUUGGGCCAAAGCUAACCCCGGGAAGAAAACUAUGGCUGAGAUUGUGAAAAUGGGUAAGCCUCUUCAUCAGAAGAAAGUCAGUGUGCCUCGUUCAUCAGAGACGCAAGAGAGGGGAAGCAAAGCUCCUUUGAAAGACGAAGGGUCUUCAACUGAGAAGCAAGAGAGUGGAAGCAAAGCCCCUUUGAAAGAUGGAGGGUCUUCACUUGAGAAGAAAGAGAGUGGAAGCAAAGCUCCUUUGAAAGAUGAAGGGUCUUCAUUUGAGAUGCAAGAUGUUUCUGAUCCAGUGCCUUCUCUCUUGAAACCAUUUGCUGAACCUAAAACACAUGCCGACCAAGUUAGCGAGCCUCAACAUGUGGAUGAGUCUGAAAUGGAUGAUGAGGUCCUCAAGACGAAAACAAAUCAAGUUGCAUUUCAUCCUGAUCUAGACCAGGUUGCGCAAUUGUCACACUUGAGGUUUGGUAGCUUUGGCUUGAUAGGAUCAGGCCGAGCUAGUAGUCGCUUUAAUUAUAACUUGGAGGACACGCAAGAGACAGAGGAGGAUUCAUCUUUCAGACAACAUGACACUAACUUCUAUGGAGGGGAAGAAGAACUUAGAUAUAAUGCUACUGAUGAACAAACAUCCUAUCAAAUAGAUUCGACCGCUAGAAACUACCAUGCUUCAUCAGAUUCUGAAAGAGAAGCGGCACAUCAUGAAGAACCUCCUCAAAAAGAUCCAUAUAUGCAGAAUCUUGACCGCUUCUUCACCAACGUAAUGGAUCUAAGAGAUGAGAGUAUAUCUCCUCCCGGUGGAGGACAACAAGCAGCAGCUCUUUAUCAACAUCCCGCCUUACACCCAUACUUUAAUCAACAUGGGAUGCCAUUAGGGCAUCAUGGUAACUUCAUAUGUGAUCCAUUCAUGCCCCAUGGUUACAUGCAUCCGGGUUUUCAGCAAGGGUUUCCUGUUGGUAACCAUCAGGCUCCUCUAGUUGUGGUUAUUCCUCCCUCUGCCUCAUCACUUCAGCAGCAGCAGAACGAAAACACAUUUGCCUGGCAACUACCACACAUGCGUGUGGCUCCCAGUGGCGAAGUUUACAUCUGCAGUGUUAAUCCAAAUAUGCAGCCUCCCGGCUUCGUUCAAGCCCAACAACUGCACCAGCAACAGCUGUCUCAACAAGCUUUAAUGUCACUGGACCAACUCCAUCAUCAACAUCAGCAUCAGCAUCAUCAACAAAGUGCUGGAGAGGCGUCUAGGCAGACUCAAGAACAGCUAUGGCCCAAUAACAACUAGUGAUCAAAAGCAAAACCCCUCUCUCCAUGCCUUGCUUUCUCUUUCCUUUUUUAUUUUUGUGAUGUUUGUUAUUCCUGAACAGCGAUGAGUUGAUUCAGAACUAUCACUACAAGAAAACAGCAAGGAUACUGAGGGAAAAAAUCGUCGGAAUUUCGUCGGAAUAACGUUAUUUCGACGACAUACCGACGAAACAAGUCCUCGGAAAUAAUUC